AUGGCCCACCUGCGGGCCUGCGAAGUCCGGCAGCUGCUGCACAACAAGUUUGUGGUCGUCCUGGGGGACUCCGUGCAGAGGGCCGUGUACAAGGACCUGGUGCUCCUGCUGCAGAAGGACUGCCUGCUCUCUUCCAGUCAGCUGAAGGCCCAGGGCGAGCUGAGCUUCGAGCUCGACGUGUUGCUGGAGGGCGGCAGGCGGGAACGCCUGCACAACGGCACCGACUACCGCGAGGUCCGCCAGUUCCGCUCGGGCCACCACCUGGUGCGCUUCUACUUCCUCACGCGCACGUACUACCCGUACAUGGAGGACGUGCUGGAACGCCUGCGAUGGGGCGAGCACGCCCCGGACGUGGUGGUCCUGAACUCCUGCCUCUGGGACCUCUCCAGGUACGGCCAGGACUUCCCGAGGAGCUACCGAGAGGACUUGGCGAGCCUGUUCGGGCGCCUGGACCAGGUGCUGCCCGAGGCCUGCCUCCUGGUGUGGAACACGGCCAUGCCGGUGGCCGAGGUCGUCUCUGGGGGCUUCCUCCCGCCAGAGGACCCGUCCCGAGGCACGCGCCUGCAGGAAGACGUGAUAGAGGCCAACUUCUACAGCUCGGCAGAGGCCAGCAGGCACGGCUUCGACGUGCUGGACCUCCAUUUCCACUUCCGGCACGCGGGGCAGCACCGGCAGCGCGACGGCGUGCACUGGGAUGAGCGCGCGCACCGCCACCUCUCCCAGCUGCUGCUGGCGCACCUGGCUGAUGCCUGGGGUGUGGACCUCCCCUGCCGCUACCCUGUGGGCAGGUGCAUCAGGGAUGGCCCCACCAGCAGACUUCCUGGCCCAGUGGACGGGAGGCAGCCCCGGGACAGCAGAGACGACCCGGGCGAACAGUCCUUGUCCUGGUUCCCACCCAUCUCCGCGUGCCUCCGAGCCCAGUGGCGACCUUCUGUGCCCUUUCCCCGGGUGCAGCCUCCGUACCAGCCUUACAGCCAAGGCACCCGUGUGCCCUCUCACCCAUCUUCACUGCGCAGGCAAUUCUCCAGUGAUUCUUCAGUGCGCCAGGUCAGAUAUACUGGCGAAGCAAACUUGAUGAUUGGCUCGGAGACACUUCUGGGCCCCAUUCGCAGAACCUCUGCCCAACAUCAGAGCAGAAGUUCCCCUCCCUACCCUCCCCGGCGCCCCAGCAGGCCACGCAGACGCCGGCGAAGGUGCAGUAACAGACAGACCCGAGCACACCCAGAGGCAAGUCCCCAGUAG